AUGGUUGCUACCUUACCAAUGCCAGUAGCAGCGAUAUAUGAAGUUUCAGAGGACUGGUGGUUAGGUGAAGCAUUGUGUGAUUUUUGGGUGUGUUCAGAUGUACUCUGUUGUACAGCAUCUAUACUUCAUCUAGUCGGCAUUGCUUUAGAUCGUUAUUGGGCUGUUACAAAUGCAGAGUAUAUUCGUCGACGAACUGGUCGUCGAAUAGGCAUUAUGAUAGGCAUAUUCUGGUUUUUAUCCGUUUUAAUAUCAAUUCCUGCACGAUUUCAUACAACUAGAUCGUAUAAUUAUGGUGGAUAUUCACCUGAUAUGGUAUUAGAUGAACCACCAAGUUGUCGAAUCAAUCAAGAGCAUGGUUAUACAGUGUUUUCAAAUAUUGGAGCAUUUUAUAUGCCUAUGAUAUUCAUAAUUGGUAUAUAUGCUAGAAUUUAUCAGGUGGCUAGAGCAAGAAUUCGACGUUCCGCCUUUAAACAAUCCGCCACGUCCAGUUUAAGUAUGACACAAAAAAAGGAAAGAGAAAAACAUCAUCAAAAGUUAUUUAAAAGGAGUCUAUGCUCAUUAUCAUGCUGUCGAUACAAUAAAUAUGAUGAAAAAAGAUCAAUUAAAUUGGCUUAUGUGAAAAAUAAUCCUCAAGCAAUACAGAAUAAUAUGAAUCAAGAGAAUCCUUCAUCUUCGCAUAUCGCAGAUACAGACUGUACUGAAGUUGCCAGGCACACUAGUAAUAUUGCAGCAGAAAUUUCUGCUGUAAAACAGCCAACAGCAACUACUACCAUGACUACUACCACGUCAAGUGAUAACAAAUAUUGUUCUUUUAUGAAUCAAUUAAAUAAUGAUAAAUCUAUCCCAUAUGUCGAUGAUGUAGAGAACAAAUCAAAUUAUUGUCAUUCUAUUGAACAUUUGAACGGAAACUACAUACACACAAAACCAGUCCUGUUAAAUGAUGACAAUGUCAGACAAAAUUUGAUCAAUUGUGAAUGUAAACCAAAUAUUUACACAGAAAGAUGUUUAAAUAAGCAAAGAAGGAAAUCUAAUCAUCAAAAGGAAAUGAAAAAAUCAAAUUCUCUUCUAAAAUUAGAUUAUAGAGCUAAUUCUUCAUCUGACGGUCAAGAGUAUUCAAAUAAAUUUGAUACACCGAUAUAUUCAUCAAUAUCUAGAAAUACAAGUUCAGCACCACCGAUUCUUAUUAACUUGACGAAUUCUAGUACAUAUUUCUCGGAAUUAACAAAUUCUAAUUCUCAGUUAUCUGAAACACCUACAACAGAUCACACGAAUUCGGUGAUGUGGUCAUCAUCAUCAUCAACAGGAUCAGGAUCAGCAUCCUCUUCAUGUCCAUCGCUUCCAUCAUUGUCAUCUUCUUCAUUUUCAAGAUAUUCAUCGUUACCAGUUGACAGUCAGUAUCAUUAUCAUCAAAGGCAUCAUCAUCAUCACCCUCAUCAUCAUCAUCGUGACUAUCAUCAUGAAGGUCUUCAUAAUCACCAUCAUCAUCAUCACCACCAACAUCAUCAUCAUCAUCAUCAUCACCAGGGACAUCAUCAUGGACACAUUCAUAAGAGAAGGUAUUGUCAAGGAAAAAUGUCUAAAAAACAACAAAAUCGAUGUCUGGGUAAAUUAAAGACACUUUGUAAUUGUUGUCCUUCAGUUUUUGAUAGUAAGUUGAAUCAUAACCAUCUGUCAAAUAACGAGAAGGUGUCCAGUGAAAAUCCAAAAGUUGGCCAGUUAAAACAUUCAGCAUUCUGUUGCUUUAAAAAUCAUCUGAACUCUCCAGUCAAGGAUAUUUCUUUAACUAAUGACCAUGGAACGUGUUACAGUGUUGUAGAUCCCAGUUCAGUGUCUCAGUUUGCACAGCGUAAAAAUAAUAUCAGCGCUGUUAAUACUGACAAUAAUAAUAAUAAUAGUAAUAAUGCUAGUAAGAAAACAGAAAAUCAUAUUGUUUUGGAUGUAACAAAAAGGCAAAAUGAUGUACACGGUAAAAUGUGUCAUUUGUUACGUUUAGAAAAUAGUCAUCGAAAAUUGGCUAAAUCAGUGUCGAAUUUAAUCGCGAAUAGAAAUGCUGAUUCUUCGACAACAAAUCCGGUAAAAUUACCGCAACAUCUACACCAACAACCAGCAUUAAUACUAACUCCAGUCACGUCAGCAUUACCACCGUCCCAACCACCACCACCACCAAUACCGUCAAAUACACUGAAUGAUGAAACUACUACUACUAUCACAUCAAAUCUUAUGUCAUUGCAACAGACACAAGUGAAUCGUGAACGACUAGAAACAAAACGUGAACGUAAAGCAAUCUCAACAUUGGCUAUCAUCACAGGAUGUUUUCUCUUGUGUUGGUUACCAUUUUUUAUUGUUGCCUUAAUCUCACCAUUUACAGAAAAUUUCACUAUAUCUAAAUUUGGUCAAAGUACAAUAUUAUGGUUAGGUUAUUCAAAUUCAUUAUUAAAUCCUAUUAUUUAUACAAUAUUUUCACCAGAUUUUCGUAAUGCUUUCAGAAAAAUUUUAUUUGGACGAUAUAAUUUACGCUCAUUGUCUAGGUGAUUGUGUGUCCUUCAGUAUUGAGAGAUUUACUGUGAUUAAUUCAAUAUUAUCAUUAUCAUUUCUAUAAUUUGCAAAAUGAAGAUUGUUUAAUGCAAUUUUAACACUGUACUUACUCUACUUGCCUUCUUAAGAAGAUGUUUCGAAUUGUUUCAAGGAAGCAACUAGAAAUUAGUUGAUUCCCACAAGCCAAGUAUGACCUUAACCUCUCACUUAAAUCUACUUGAAAUGAAGUGAAACAUUCCAUAGAGAAACAGAAGUAACAGGAAAAACUCUACAAAUCUAUAACUAUGUACCUCAUAUACCGCUAAACUUAUAAACUUCUUCAAACUUCACCUAACCACUUACAACUUUGAUUUUCUUUUUUAUAUAUAUGUACAAAUGACAAUUCACUUAUUUGCAGUAUUAAUCAAGCAUCCGCAAGCUUUUGAAAUACCCUACAGUUGUCAUAUGUAUGCAUACAUAAGCAAUAUUAAUCCAUGUUUCCAACAACAACAACAACAAAAAAGGUAUAUUCUCUAAGAUUAAGAAUGUUGACACUUGUGUAUUUACCGCUUAUCUUUUUUGUCGUAAAUUUUUUCUUGAUAAAAUAUAAUUUUAAAAAAAG